AUGAUUGAGAGUGAUCGAAUCUGCAGCGCUGCAGUUGAGAUGAAGCAGACAGAGGAUCAUGGGAUGGUCUUGGUAUCCACCAAAUCUUUGGAACCAGGGCCGCUUGGGCUAAUUGUUUUCCGGGAAACCGCUCUUUUGUCCAUUCGAACACGAGGGUCCAGCUUGGAUGAAUCCGGCCCCGUUCCCGACUACCUCGCCGAAGGGCCACAAAUGUGGACUGAUUGGUGGUAUUUUCAACAACAGCCCAAGGAUAUUCGAGAUCGCAUCUUGAAAAUGUACCAAGAAACAGAUUGCUCUCAGGCCGACGCUAUUCGACAACACCUAAAUGAAACUGUCGAAAAGAAGCAAGGACAACACAGAGAAUGCGAAGGUACCAAGCUGGACGAGGAUGACUCUCGGAGGGACGAUGUUCUGCAGAACAUUGAAGAUUUCAUCAAACUGGCCAUGGUGAUUCGAUUCAAUGGCGUAGAACUGUGUCCACCUUCCGAUGAUGGGUUAGGACCUGGUACAGAUUACGGAUUCGGUCUGUUUGAAGUCGCGUGCAAGAUGAGCCAUUCCUGCCGUCCUAACUGUGCCUGGAUGACAGAGCCAGAUGGGGCAUCGAAGCAAAUACGAGCAAUCACCAAAAUUCAGGCGGGAGAAGAGCUGACAGUUGACUACAUAGGCCAACCCUUGUCGCCAACACAUGAGAGGAGGGAAGAGCUUUUGCACAGUAAGGGCUUUCUCUGCAACUGUGUACGCUGUUCCAAUAUACUUGGAGACGACACACGUCGCUUUCCAUGUAUGUGCCAGAGUACGACAACCUGCCAAGGAGUCCAUUUGGUACACCAACAACUGGCUUCAAGUAUUCCCCGGUUGUUACCUUGCAGUGUCUGCAACAACUUGGCGACAGACGAUUACACGGAGAGAAUGUUGGAAGAAGAAUCAAGGCUACAAAAGGUGAUCGAAGAAAUCAAACUGGUGGCUGACGAAGGCGGAAAUGGCUACCAACUCCAAUCAAUGACGAAACAGAUAGAGGAACUGAAUCCACCACACAGUUGCCAUUCUUUGGCUGAAAAGUGCUACCAACUACAAUCAGAUUACUACAACCAAGUAGGAGAAUACAAACUAGCUGCUGAAGCCUGUUAUAAGCAAAUUGGUUGCCGGGUGGGAAUACUUGGAGAAGGCCAUUUGUGUCAGGGUACAGCAUUUUGUAAUGAGCGGCUUGGAGAUGUCCUUCAGUAUGUCAAUGUAGAAGAAGCCGAGGAAGCGUACAAGCGAAGUGUUCGGGAACUCUUGGUCAUGCGAGGAGGCGCCCCUGACCCCUAUUCCAAAUGCGCUCUGUCAAAACUUUUGAAUGUUCAGAGCACCAGAAUACGAAUCGAAUUGGAUCACUUGCCGCAUGACCGAUGCCUGAAAGGCAUUGCAGACGCUCCAUAUAGUGCCCCGUAUCCUUGUGUGGUUUGUGGGAAUGGAUGCACAGUUCUCGGCGAGAAACUAGAAGGGGCAAGGUACUGCUGCGAGGAGCAUCAACAAAUGCAUCUAUCCAUGGUAGGAAGAUGGGAAACACCCCAGGCGUAA